GUCCGGUUCCCCUCGCCGCUUAUAUAUAUAAUAGCGAGCGUGUCAGCCAUGCCUGGCCAUCAGUACCACGCUGGGGACGCUGCCGGGACCCGCUCGCCCAGCUAACAUCAUAAUCCACCAUGUGUGACGACGACGCGACCGCGCUGGUCUGCGACAAUGGUUCCGGCCUCUGCAAGGCUGGCUUCGCUGGUGACGACGCUCCCCGCGCCGUCUUCCCCUCCAUCGUCGGCCGUCCUCGUCACCAGGGUGUGAUGGUCGGUAUGGGUCAGAAGGACGCCUACGUCGGUGAUGAGGCCCAGAGCAAGAGAGGUAUCCUGACUCUCAAGUACCCCAUCGAACACGGCAUCAUCACCAAUUGGGACGACAUGGAGAAGAUCUGGCAUCACACCUUUUACAACGAGCUUCGAAUUGCCCCCGAAGAGUCCCCAGUCCUCCUGACGGAGGCUCCCCUCAACCCCAAGGCCAACCGUGAGAAGAUGACACAGAUCAUGUUCGAGACCUUCAGUACUCCUGCCAUGUACGUGGCCAUCCAGGCCGUGCUGUCCCUAUACGCCUCUGGUCGUACCACAGGUAUCGUACUGGACUCUGGUGAUGGUGUUACUCACACUGUCCCCAUCUACGAGGGUUAUGCUCUGCCCCACGCUAUUAUGCGUCUCGACUUGGCUGGCCGGGACUUGACCGACUACUUGAUGAAGAUCAUGACUGAACGAGGCUAUUCCUUCACCACCACGGCUGAGCGUGAGAUUGUCCGCGAUAUAAAAGAAAAACUUUGCUAUGUUGCCCUUGAUUUUGAGAAUGAAAUGGCUCAAGCAGCAGCCACCACCUCCCUUGAAAAGUCGUAUGAGCUUCCUGACGGUCAGGUCAUCACCAUCGGCAACGAGCGUUUCCGUUGUCCCGAAGCUCUCUUCCAGCCUUCCUUCCUGGGUAUGGAAUCGUCUGGAGUUCAUGAAACUGUUUACCAAUCUAUCAUGAAGUGUGAUGUGGAUAUCAGGAAGGAUCUGUACGCGAACAACGUCAUGUCUGGUGGUACCACCAUGUACCCUGGUAUUGCUGACCGCAUGCAGAAGGAAAUCACCAACUUGGCUCCCUCCACCAUCAAGAUCAAGAUCAUUGCUCCUCCCGAGCGUAAGUACUCCGUCUGGAUCGGUGGCUCCAUCCUGGCCUCUCUCUCCACCUUCCAGUCCAUGUGGAUCACCAAGGAGGAGUACGAAGAGUCCGGACCCGGCAUCGUCCACCGCAAAUGUUUCUAAUUGGUCUGUUCAAAAACAAAAUUAUAAUUUUUCAACGAUUGUGACUGAUAUAUUAAAUUUUAUGAGCUUUGA